AUGGUUCGUGCUAUGGAGCAAGAGCACGAAGGUUUCAGGUCCAGAUUCUUUCUUUUCAGAGGAACGCAUGAGAAUACAGGCAGACAUGCCAAGAGCUUGAGUGUGGAGAGUGCAAAUGUAUUUGACUCUGCCAAUGAAGAUGAUUUGUCGACGUCGAGAAGCCAGGGAUCGACACCUGUUCACAACAACUCUUCUGAGAAACACCAAGCUGGGCCACCGCUGGCACCGUCCAAUCGAUCUGAAAGGGCUCCAAAGCCAAAGUUGAGCAGCAAAGACGAUGAUCUUGCCACUGAAAAAGAAGCCAGGGAGAAGAUGGCCUUAGAAAUGGAACAGAUGAAAGAGAGGUUUGCAAAGUUACUCUUGGGGGAAGACAUGUCUGGGGGAGGGAAGGGCGUUUCCUCAGCCUUGGCAUUGUCUAAUGCAAUCACAAACCUUGCUGCUUCUGUUUUUGGAGAACAAUGGCGUCUUGAGCCAAUGUCAGCAGAAAGAAAAGCAAGAUGGAGAAAAGAAAUCGAUUUGCUCUUAUCCGUUACAGAUUACAUUGUAGAGUUUGUUCCUUCACAACAAAAAUCCAAGGAUGGAUCGAAUAUGGAGAUCAUGGUGACACGGCAACGAAAUGAUUUGCACUUGAAUAUCCCAGCUUUGAGGAAGCUUGAUGCCAUGUUAAUUGAUUGUCUGGAUAAUUUUAAAGAUCAAAAUGAGUUCUACUAUGUAUCAAGAGAUGCCGAUGACUCGGAGAAAGGAAAUAACAAAAGGAAAGAUGAUAAAUGGUGGCUACCUACGGCCAAAGUUCCCCCAAAUGGUUUGUCAGACAUGUCGAGGAAGUUUCUGCAGUACCAGAAGGAUUGUGUCAACCAAGUUCUCAAAGCAGCCAUGGCUAUAAAUGCUCAAAUCAUAUCAGAAAUGGAGAUCCCUGAAGACUACAUUGAGUCUCUCCCUAAAAAUGGAAGGGCAAGCCUAGGGGAUUCCAUCUACAGAAGUAUAACAGUUGAGUUCUUUGAUCCGGAUCAGUUUCUCUCCAGCAUGGACCUAACAUCAGAGCAUAAAAUCCUAGAUCUCAAAGACAGAAUUGAAGCCUCCAUAGUGAUUUGGAGAAGGAAGAUGAACCAGAAAGAUGGAAAAUCUACUUGGGGUUCAGCAGUGAGUUUGGAAAAGAGAGAACUAUUUGAAGAAAGAGCAGAAACCAUCUUGCUAAUACUUAAACACCGCUUCCCUGGAAUUCCACAAUCUUCACUAGACAUCAGCAAAAUUCAGUUCAACCGGGACGUGGGGCACGCCGUUUUAGAGAGCUACUCCAGAAUACUGGAAAGCUUAGCCUUCACAGUGAUGUCACGAAUUGAAGACGUACUCCACGCCGAUAGGUUAACUCAGAACCCAUCACAAAUAGCAACAAGGAGGAAACCGACGAGCGAACCCCCAAUGGAGAAAUCAGAAGAGUUGAACAACAACGGCCCAGAAACGCCAGCUUCAAUGACGCUGUUGGAUUUCAUGGGGUGGGGACAGGAUCAAAACGAGUUGGAGAUGAAGAAGGAAUGGUUUGGGAAUUCAGAUGAUUUAAACGCGGAUUCAGAUCUGAAACAAGGGAAUAAGCCAGGGAAUAUAGUGACGAACAAGAGGGUUUCAUACCUGGAGAAUUUGAGCGCUGUGAGAAGUCCAACGGCGCGCCAUUGAAGAAGAAGAAUAGAUAGAGAGAUGAUUUGGAGGCAAAAUUCCAUGAUUUCAGUUAUAUACAUUCCUUUUGUGUAAAUAGGAAGAAGAAGAAGGAGAAUGAGAUCAACCCCAUUUUUUUCUCUCUUCUUUUUUUAAUUUGGAUUUUGGAAUCACAACUCUUUGUGUUUGUGUAAAACCAAAAUUGUUCUAUGUAUCAUUUGUAUCAAUUAAUGUAGUCAUUUUAGAUUCAUACAUUCAAAAA